CACACAUCUCUGAUAGUCGUCUUUUUAGUUGCAUCUUGUCUAAUCAUACCCGUGAUUGUUAUAAUUCAAGUUUCGCGGAUCAUGGCUGCUCGAGUUCUGGGUCGCAUACGAUGCGGGGGAAAGAGCUCAAAUGUUCCUUUCCCCUGCUUCUCGGCUUCGAUCAAUUGGCAGAAACCACGCAGGCCUACACCGAUCCACCAUAUUCGAUUCUACUCACCAUCACGAAUCCAAAAUGCUCCUUCUAUUGGACUAAAGGAAGGUGCUAAGAUCACUGCUGGUACAAAGGAAAUACCGAACAUAUGGCUCAGGGAUAACUGCCAGUGUGCGACGUGUGUUCACCCUGACACGAAACAACGUCUUUUGGACACAUUUCUGAUUCCAAAGGAUAUCCACAUCGAGAACACGUCUAAAACAGAAGAUGCCAUUAAAGUGCAAUGGAGCGAUGGCCACAUGAGCGAAUAUUCUAAAGCCUUUCUCGAAGAUACAGCCAGACCAUUCCUGGACCGCGCCAUCGUACGUCAAGGCAUGGUACCUCCCCAACUCUGGGGAGCCGAAAUACAUGACACACUCCCACAUGUUCACUAUCCCGAGUUUGGAAACAGUCCAGCCCUCGUCAAAUCUGUGCUCAAUAUCAUCCGCACAUACGGGCUCUGCACUAUUGCAGCAGCUCCCCAGACACCAGAAGAAACGGAGAAAAUCCUUAGCAGCAUCGCGUUUAUCCGCGAAACUCACUAUGGCGGCUUCUACGACUUCACGGCGGACCUUGCAUCCAAAGAUACCGCCUACACUAACAUUGCACUCGAGGCGCACACAGACAACACGUACUUCUCCGACCCGGCAGGUCUACAGGCAUUCCAUUUGCUCGAGCACGAUGGGGAAGGAGGUGAAAGUCUGUUAGUCGAUGGAUUCAAAGUAGCUGCAGACUUGAAGCGUGAGGACCCCCAGGCUUAUGAUGUUCUGGCGAGGACAAACGUACACUCUCACGCAUCCGGGAACGAAGGCAUCUCCAUCCAACCGUACCGCGGCUUUCCGGUCUUGCAGCACGAUCCGGUCACUGGUCUUCUUCUGCAGGUCCGGUGGAAUUCCUCGGAUCGAGCGGGGAUCGAGCUACCUGUUGACGAGGUGGAGAUUUGGUACGAUGCGGCACGGAAGUGGGAUGCACUCUUGAAGAAGGAGGAAAACGAAUACUGGCAUAAGAUGACACCAGGCUCCAUACUGAUCUUUGACAAUUGGAGAGUUUUGCACGGAAGAAGUGCAUUCACAGGGAAACGGAGAAUCUGUGGGGGUUAUAUCAAUCGCGAUGAUUGGAUCUCGAAAUUCAAGAUGGGAUACUUUGGCCAGGAUCAGGUAAUGGGGAAACUGGCGUCCGGUUAG